AUGACACCGUCAUUGCGAAAUAAAUCGAAUAAGUUAAAACAAACAAAAAAAUGUGAUUCAAAAAUGAAAAGUUCUAACAUUAAGAGUGAAAAAACACCAAACAAUCAGACCACUAAAAAAAAUAAUGAUGCUCGAGAUUUGAAGCCAGAAAGAAAAAGAUUGAAUGAUAGUUCUGGUGAUAAAAAUAUAACAAAAAAACAAAAAAUAGAUGAAUCUGUUCUACGAGCUCAAGUAGAAUUGUUAAAACAUGUUCAACCAUUACUGAAAGAGUCGGCUAAUAAGGAAAAUGUUAAUGAAAAUAAUAUAAUUGAAAAUGUUUCAAAACCAUGUAUCACCCAAUCUUCAGUAAUAAAUAAAUUACUUCAUUUGCAAAAACAAAACCGGUUAUUGAAAAAUCAAAAUAAACGACUUCUUGAUAUAAUAUACCAUUCGGAGUCUAUUAGACAGAUGUCGAAGAAAACAGCUCAGAUAAAGUUUAUACUGCAAAAUUUUAAUAAAAAAAUUAAAAGAACUAUCACAAAUGAUAAAUCACAGCCGACUCGAGAUAAUAUAACUUCUCGAAACGCAAAAAAAUUGAUUAAAAUUAAUGAUCAUGAAAGGAAUAGCGGUUUUGUAAUCGAAACUUCUGAUGAUAGAAGAAAUUCAUCUAAUAAUAAUGAUCUAUGUAAUACUGCAAAUAGUGACAAUACAAAUGAGAAUGAAAAGGUGGAAAAUAAUCCAGCAUCAAACAUAAAUGAAUUAGGUGAUGAGCCACAAGAUGAGUCUUUCGAUGAAAAGAAGAUAGUAAUCACAGAUGGUGCAGUUUUAAACAAUACUCUACAAAAAUUACUGCCAGAAAAUGAAACAGUGGACUUUAUAAACUUUGGUGGAACUUUGAUUGCAAGAAAAACACUGAAUAAUUGUUGUGUUAGUAAACCAUCGAAGCUGGUAACUGAUUUAAUGACUGUUAUAUUCUCAGUCGAAGAGAUGGCUGAGUCAUCUCUUAGCGGUGAAAUACCAAAUAUUCAUAAAAAUCGCGCGACCGAUGAAAUUAGAAAGAAAAAAAAACUGGACUUUAAAAGAGUGGACGCAAUUAUAGAAUACGUUCAAGGAAAAUUCCCUGACGCAACUCGUGAAAAAAUAAAAUCCACAAUCCAAGGAAAAUUGAAAUAUGAGUCGCACAAGAAGUUUGGUGUCAAUUUUAAAGUACCAAAAAAGGAGAAAAAUGAUUCAUGAGCAAUGGAAAUAUUAUUUUACGUUAUUAGUAU